CUUAAAAACAUAAUAAUUCCGCAGUAAAAAAUAAAAAAUUUUUUUUUUUUUACUCUCGUUUUUAUUAAUAUGGAAGAUAGUAGAAAUAUACAAAUAGCCGAAAAUAGGUUUCCUUAUGGAACUGGUGAAGAACAUAGAUUUUUACAUUUUACAUAUACACAUUAUUUUCAAUAUUGUGAAAGUCUUUUUACUUCAUUUUUUUUUGGACCUCAAGUAGAAGUUCAAAAUAAUAUUUUAAAAGCAAAUUUUGGUCUAUCAAAUGAAGAAAUACUCAGUUGGGAGAAUAGAGCCACUCGCUAUAAAAUGACACCUCAAAGUUUUUCUUUUUUUUUACAUGUUGCUAUGUACUCUGCUUCUCAGGGUUUUAACGCAGUAUACUCUGGAAUAAAAGAGCACAGUGAAGGAAGAAAGCAAAUGUUAAGUUUAGUGAGAAAGAAUGAGGAAAAGUCUAAAAAGGGCAAGAAGGCUAAAAAAAAUAAGAAGAAAAAACACCAAUCUGAAGAUUCAGAUUCUGAUGUGCUUACAGAUGUAAGUACUAGUGGAAUAAUGAGAAAUACUGAUGAUGAUGAUGAUCAAUUGGGUGUUGAUCAAGAUGUAAUUAUAAAUCGGUCGAUUGCGGAUGCCUCUGGAUCACAAUCACAUGUUGAUCAACAUAUUGAUAUGGACAUCUCAACAGUACAACCUAUUUCUGAACUGGAUGUAACGCCUCAGCUGCAACUUGUAAAACAACCAGUUGACAAUUCAUCUAAUUUGACAAAAUCUUCGAAUAAAAAAAAGAAGUCAAAUAAAAAUAUUAUUCAGCAAGUUAUUACAGGUCAUAAACCAGAUGAUGAUGGUACAUCAUGGAUUAGAGAUAUAUUGGUUUAUGAUAUUCCAGUAUCCUUGACACCAGAAGAAAUUCUGCAACAGUUAACUCUGUGGGAAAGAUUAUCUCGUUACAAACGAAACAACAAAAGAAAUACCAGACAGUUCGUUUGAAGAUAGAAUUAACUUCCUUUCGUCUAGCCCAGUUUGAAGGUAAUGAUGGUCCAGUUUGGACUACGGAUUUAGGGGGAUACCAGUUCAGUGGUUUCCAGCAAGGUGGACACUCAAAGAAAGAAAACAACGUGAGAAGUUUCAAGCUACAAUUCGAAAAAUUCCAGAUUCGAUGACAGUAGCAACCUUAUGGAAAGACCAUCGCCCACAUUCAUUCCUUACUGCAAUUAAUGGUUUGAAAAGCUUUAAAAUUGUACAAACAGCAAAAGGGGAUCGUAAGCUUAUUGGUUAUUUUGAAAAGUGGGUUGAUAUGCGUACAGCAUUAGAUAAUCAAUAUGAUUGGGAGCAACAGCA